AUGAGGGUGUCAGCUAAAGUGAAAGUGAGAGGUACAUCUAAGCGCAUAUUUCGUAACUCAUCUCGCAAUUCAAAAGACUCUUUGCCACCGAUAAACGACGUUGCACAAAUGGAAAGGCAAUCAUUUAGCCUUCACUCAAACGUAGUGAUAGAGGGCAAAUGUAUGGAUGCCGUUUGGCUUUGUUCAUAUCAAGUAACAACGUUGUUGCGGCGCGUGAACUGA